AUGUCCUCUCGCCGUUUUCACAGAAAGUCGCGUAGUGGAUGUGUGCAUUGCAAGAAGAGACACAUCAAAUGUGAUGAAGGUCGUCCGAAUUGCGCCAACUGCCAGAGAGCAGGCGUAGUUUGUACCUAUGAUCAGCUCAAAGUUCCCACUAGCCCAACGCAUAGUGCAAGUGCUAGUCCUGCUGGCUCGACAGCAUCAACUCUGGUAUACGAACAGUCUCCGACUUUUGAUAUGCUCGAUCUAUCCUUGAUGCACCACUACACGGUAUCAACUUCUCUUGGCCUCUUUGCUGGUCACGGCGCUCGAGAAAUCUGGCAAGAAAUGGUCCCAAACCAGGCCCAAUGUAAUCCCUUACUCAUGCAUGGUAUCCUUGCUUUGGCUUCAAUGGAUCUUGCCCGGACACGACCCAACGAGCGGCAAAUCUACGCGACGAGAGCGCUGGCACAUCAAAAUUCAGGCACGCGGUUAUUCAGAAGCAUGCUCGAGCAAGUUCGCCAAUCAGACAGCCAUAAUGUUGUCAUGGUCUUCAGCAUGAUACUAGCAAUUCUGGCCUUUGCACUACCACACGCUCGUGACGACCCACCGGAUUUUGAUGAGAUACUUGACCUAUUCAGUUUAAUCAGAGGUUGCAAAACUGUGUGGCUCUUGAGCCCAGAAUCACUCGCUGGGACUUCGUUAGGACAAUGGAUCAAGACUGUCUUCGCCGGACGCCCAAUCAUGGUGAAACCUGAAGUCGAUCGUAGUUUCCAAAUCCUGCGAGCACGUCUCACAGAUCCAGCGGAUAUCGUUGCCAUCGAUCAACUCAGGGAGUUCAUACACGGCGAGCUUGCCACAUCCUCAGGUGGAGUCGCAAAUCUAGGCCGUUGGCCCACCAUGGUGUCCGACGCCUAUUGGCAACGCGUGCAAAACCAUGAAGUCGACGCUUUACUCGUACUUUCGCAUUAUUCUGUUGUCCUGGGUGCGCCUAGCCAUCAAUGGUGGAGCGCUGACUGGGAUUCAAUCUUGCUGCAAGCCAUCGACAAAGCUCUGCCACAAGUCGACAAGAAGCUCGUGGAGUGGAACUUGUCUGCGAUGAUGAAGAUCGCCAGAUCUUACAACGAGAGUCAAGUUUGA